AUGGCCCCCAGAGUCCAGUCCAGAGUCGAGAGUCCAAAACUACAACUUCGCGACAGGAUCUCACAACAAAACUUGAACGAAGGACAUGGCAAGUUGUCGGAGGGUCAUCUCGAUCCUCAAGGGAUUAGUAUACGACUGGGGCUAGGCAUCUCCUCAUAUCGAUCAGGGGUUCUCGAAUGGCUCGACCUUGCGCCACUCUGGGCAGAUACAUUGUUAUCCCCUUGUAGCCGGAAAAAAGACAACACCAAAAGAAAUGGGGGCAACGGACCUCGUCAACUACCUAAGCAGAGCUGGAAACGGGGCUACCUAACAUAUUGCGCCUCGUGGGACUGGCUUGGAUUCGACAGAGACAGAGACAGGGACAGGGACAGGGACAGGGACAGGGACAGGGACAGGGGCCAGCUGCAGAAAAGACCGUGGCCGAAACUCCACCCUCACUUACCCCGUCUGUUGAUUAGGAAUCGAUUCUUCCGCGGCCCUCAGCGUUUGGAGCUUUCUUCCGGGUUUGGCAUGCAAGUGAUUCUUACCGCCUUCUGCACUCCGCCAGGGAUGUUGCCCAGGGCCACUGAGAGUAACUUGCAACCUCUCGGAAGCAAACAGUCGAAACUGUUCAAACCGCGCAUGUUUCUGGCCGACCCCUCUCGCCCCCCACACGGGGGACAGAGGAGAGAGGAUGGUCGCAAGUCAGAAACAAACCGGACCGCCGUCGGUCCGUCAUUAUCCCAGGCUCAUGUCCCACGAAGAUCACUAGUUAUGGGAGCACGAAAUACAGACCAGGGAGGAGGUGGGCGAAAGUCUUCGCAGUCCCUCACCGCCCUACGGGGGGACAUGGCCAGUCAAGAGCCAGUCAAGAGCCAGACCAACCGAAGGCGCGUAGGGGCCAAAACCCCUGCUUACGAUGGCGUUGCGUUGCUUGCUAAUCGAGCUGUCCGGAAUGAACGAGUUUGGCCAGUGUCAUCGCACAUGUGCUGCCAGGGUCCCGUCGACGAGGUUGCUGGCGAGAAGGACAAGCUUGGGUCACCAUCCUCUGGAGGCGUCUACAGUCCUGAAGCCUGAAGGGAGAAGGGUACUGAAGGGGGGGGGG